CUUGUUAUUUCUCUCUCUCUCUCUCUCUCACACUCUAUCUCUAUCUCUCACUCUCUCUCCAUCCCUGACUCUCUCCCCUACCAUCUGAGUGGUGGUUGUUUUUUAGAGGGACGGAGGAACUGGGUUGCUGCCUCUUCUUCAGUCACUUUAAUCAACUGAAAGUGUAAAGAAUGACAAAGCCAAAAUUCAGGCCUUGCCCAAGCUGCCAGGUCCGUCAGCAGGCUAACCGCAAAACCUGCAGUGCUUGUUUUGCCACACUGCCAAGCAAGCGGUUAUUGAAAACUGCAAAAAUUAAUGAUGACUGGGGCCAGAGGGUCAUCAAAAACAAAAAUGCAUCUCGGGUGGUGGCCUCUGCCCAAAUAGCUGUCCAAAAACUUUCUGCCUUGGGCUAUAUGCCCAUAUUAUUUAUCAGCCAGAGGCACAAGGGCACAGGAAAAUUGAUGGCAGAUGUAGUAACGCAUCUGCCACCGACGCAGAACAACACACGUUUCUUAACCAGCAUGAAGAGGGCAUAUGACUUCAUGAUCAAACUGGAUGAUGUGUCCCAGUCCCAGCAAGACCAGCCCCUAGACCAGCCCCAGCAAGACCAGCCCCUAGACCAGCCCCAGCAAGACCAGCCCCUAGACCAGCCCCAGCAAGACCAGCCCCUAGACCAGCUAAUCCCACAAGACCACCAACUGAUUACACUUGAAGUAUGUCCAAUCGUCUCUCAGGCUCAGCAGCAUGUGGAGCUUCUACCACCAAGGAAAAGACAAACCCCACCAUCCAGCCCAGGCCAAGACAGACAAGCCCCACCAUCCAUCCAACCUCAACUAAAGAAAAGACAAACCACAGGUACAGGAGCCACACAAGCCCCACCCUCGACCCUGGCCAAAAAGAAGAAAACAAAAAGUUGCAAAUGCAGUCGACAGACAAUUUAUCCAUAUGAUAAAAUAUUGGAAAGACGGAUGAAUGGGGGGAAGGCAGCAGAGGUGAAAGUGCGUUGGCUACCUUGCUCUUCCUGUGGCAGAGUCUGGGAGGACACCUGGGGAGCCGGCCAGCAAAUUCGCCUGAUGACUAAUACUAUCAAUUAUGAGAGUUCUUAA